AUUCUAGUUUAUUUUAUUAUAAUUACUUUAGUAUAGUAGUUGACUCAGUGCUUUCGAGUCCGACCCACACGACACGAACCGGAGCGUUCAGUAUCCACGCCAGGCCAGGCCAGGCCAGGCCAGCUGUGUCCGCGCGUCAUGUGACGUUAUCGCCGCGACGAGACACACCGAAUGCCGCAGAGGGAAAUGGAAACGGAGGCAUUUUUCUCGCCCUGUCUCAUUUGCUUCAACUUGAACCAAGCACGCCGUGGGAUGCUUGUCAUAUGUGUGGACACAAUUACUACGGAUCGGCACUAGCGUACUCCCAACUGUUGGCUAGUGUGGGUAGCAUAACAUUGAGUGAGACGCAGCGGAGCCACUGAGCAGAGCCUCACCAGCCGACCAUCACCUCCGACAACCGCGGACGGAUUUGACGUCGGCACGCAUUGGGGCUUGAUGUUCAGGGAAGGACGCCGUGUCGGGAAUUUCAAAGAUGGAAGCGUCUCUUGACCUUAAACACUUUCUAAAGUGUGGCGUCACUUUGGAGGGUUCGUUUCUCUGAUUUGGAUUAUUCUUGGCCAAGCAGCGUCUACAGGCCUACUAAUCCUAGAAGGGUUUCUCAAUGGACACUCUGCUCAAGUCAGAAAUCAGAGACGAAGGAAGUGGUGCCUCGGUAAAGGUGAAGGGUCUUUCUAAGGCAGCUCUCAUCAAAAGUCUGUCUCCUAGAGUCAUGCUGUCCAACCAACUUUUGCCCAAAGGGACCAAGAUGAAGGUCAAUCUGGAAGAUCAGACUCGUCAGAAAGUGUCCUUCAGCUUCUCACAGACCAAGAAGCCACUUCACAGCAUUUUCGUUAUCCCUUCCAGUCCUGAAAAGUCUGACACUGAAACUGACACUGCCUCAUCCCAGCCAACUAUUGACAAAGGAAGGGCCUCCGACGGUAAAAAGGAACAUAAGCAGACUUGUCCAGUGCCAAUUUCAACGGAACAUACAUCUUCACAGGUUCCAAGCUUUGCUGCAAAGCUGAAAAUUGACUUGGCAAAAAUGCAUUUCAAGAAGCAAAUACUCAGUGUGUCUGUGACAAGAGAAAAACCAAUGUCUGUUUUUCGGGACGAGAAACCUGCUUCUAAUUUGCUGGUGAUGCCAAAAUCGGCAAGUAACAGCGAAACCAAAUUCUCAUCUUCCCAGCAUCAGAACCCUGCAAGUGUCUCCCCCUCUGAUGGUUCUCGUCAUCACUCUUCUGAGAGCCAGACAACCUCGAGUCUCAAGAAAACUACUUCCUCCUCAGGAAAAGAGGAUAACAGUUCCAGUUAUGAGCAGGAUAAAAAUGUAUACAAAAGGAAAACCAGGUCACAAACUGAAAGUGUUUCUACACGAACAGACGCUGAAGAUCCAACCCCAAUGUCUUCCAGACGCAAAUCAAGUGACUUCAAAAGUAAAACAAAUUUGGAAAGCAGUGGCAAACCAGUAACAUCAAAGUCAUCGUCAAGGUCACAAGGGGUAGAAAAAGAAAGGAGUUUAUCAAAACGGUCUGAGAAUCAUGAAAGGUCGUCUAGUUAUACAAAAUCAGACCGUGAUUCUAGAUACACAUCAUCGCGUUCACUACGAUCAGACAAAGAUCGAAGAAGAUCUAGAUCCAGGUCUAGAUCAAGGUCUAGAUCUAGAGGCUCUCGUACCAGUUCAUCUCACUCAAGAUCAGAGAGAUCAAGAUGCGAAAGAGCAUCACGCUCAGAAAGGGCCUAUUAUCAUGAUUCCGAUCGUAGAUCAUACAGGAGUUCUCCACGUAGAGACAGAAGACGAUCUCGUUCUCGCAAUGACAGAAAUCGUGACACUUCAGAUUCUGAAGAUGACCAUCGCAAGACGAGGACAAGGACAAGUGAAUCCAAUAGAUCAUCCACCUAUUCAAAGUCCUCUUCGUACUCAAAAUCUGACAAAACAACUAAAUCUAUAGAAUCGUCACAUUUGUCAGAGUCAGAUAAAAGAAGUCAAACCUCAUCCAUGUAUGAAAGGACUUCAAAGCGGCUGUCAGACUCUGACUGCCAGCGCAAACGCUCUCCAGUUUUAGAAUCAAGGCAUUAUAAAGCUAGCACCCAUCAUUCAAUAGAUACCAACAAAAAAUCAAAUUCCUCUUCUCAACAUACCCACAUGGAUAGUGAAAAACAUGAACAUGAAAAUCACCCAAAAAGCAGCUCUAGUCACACUGAGACUGAUCAUAGGACAAAUUCUCAGGCAAGUUCUAGUUUGGAGGAAACAUCUAAAGAAAAGAAAACUCAUCUGCUUGAUUCUAAACAGACAACCUGCUCAACUGCAGAUGAAACCAGUGAACAUGAUAGACAAUCAAAAGACAUAUUUUAUAGCCCCAAUGACAAACUAAUACAUGAAGCUUCUCUAAAACCCUAUUCAGUAGAAGAAAAUAUUAUGAACUGUAAUCAAGAGAGAAGUCUGACUGACCACCAGAAUGGUGAAUUGACAGAAACACAAUCUGACAAAUUAGAUGGACCAAAAUUAAGUUUUGAAGUGGAGAAAGAAAAUGCACCAGAAAUGAAUACAAACGACAGCAAAGUAAAUGCCACCCUAAUAGAAGUAAAUAUUGAGGAUCCUCUUCAUCCUCAAAUCAUAGCAAAUGAUCAUUUAAACGAAGCUGCUCAAAUUUUAGUAAAUAGUAAUGAUGGCAUAGUAUGCAACAUGAACGAAAUUGAAUUUUCCCAAGUGUCAAAGCUUGUAAUUAAUACAAUUGAUACACUUGCCACAAAUGACACUCAUAACUCUGAACCACAAAGUGAACAAAGUAAUGUUGAUGCUACUUCUGAGCAGGCCAAAACAAUUGCACCACUGCAUUCAGACCAACCAUAUAAAACUGAGACUCUGAUGACUCUUGAACAAAACAGAGAGAACGCUAAAAAGAACAGUCCAACUAAAAAGUCUCGAUGGGAUAUCGUUGGGCAGGAUGGCCUAGAUUGUGAAGAUUCACAUGAGACACUUUGUGCUGAACUACCCAAAAAGAUCUCUGAACAAAAAAUGGAGUCAACCAAAAAUCAAAGUCCUCUAGUAAUGAUUGGGAGCAUGCAGGAAAUUGAAACACUUUCCACACUUGCGCAAGAGGUGAUGAGGCCAGAGAAGACGGUGAGUUACGACCAUGGGGAGCCUUCCGAUAUCGCUGGUGUAGACAAUUCUCAAAAAACAAGCUUAGACCAGCCUCUGUGCAACAGUGCCGCAACACAGGUCAACAGUGCCGCUACACAGGUCAACAGUGGUGCACUGAUUGAGAGCUGGAAUGGAAACAAGGAUGAAUUUAGAGACACUUUUCCCAAUCAGGUAAGCAGAGGAGGACAGAGUGAGGCUAGUGAUAGUGACAACUCUGAGUAUGACUCUGAUUGCAGUGAGGCAAUAAAACGAUUGCACUCUGUGGUGGUUGUGCCAAAGAAUUCUACUGUAACAAGUGAGUCGCAUGACACUGGACCCUCCUCAGGCAUUCAAAGUAUCUCAGACCUCCACACUGCUAAUGAAGUGCCCGACGUGAAUAGUCAUGAAGUUCAAUAUCAAGUAAGCACUCAACAAAAACUAGAGGGUGUUUCUUUCCACACUGGUACUCUUUGUCAAUCUCAGAGUAAUAUGAUUGACAGCACUAGUCACUUAGAGGGAUCCAGCUUUACUAAUGUUUCACAGCCGUAUGUGACUGGUCCUACCAAUUUUCACCAAGGUAUGUCUAAUAUCAUGCACGACCUAAACAGUUCUGUCCAUCACGACCAACUUCAAAUCCAGAAUUAUGUUAACAGCAGAGGUGAACUGUUGCUCCCUCAAAACCAACAAUCUGCCAGUGUUGAUGCCAAUGACAGGAUUGGAUUUAACCCAAGUUGGAGUUUUUCACAGUUAGAACAGCCCAGUAGUACAUAUCAACAGCCGGACAGCAGUCAUGGACCAUCAUUACCCCAAUCUAUACUUCCAGAACCCUUCCAUAGCGUCCAGCCGCAUGAAAACCACAGUGUCUCGUGGAACCACCAGACCUCAGACACACACGUCCUUGUUUGUAAGGAUAAUGCAGGUCAAAUCCACCCGGACUCACUCACUAAUGAUCAUGAUGACUACUGCGGAGCUAAACCACCCAAUCUUUUCAAACCAACUGGUGACUACAGUGGACAUCCUGGAGUGUCAAGUUUUGUACAAGGUCAUGAGAUAAGCAGCAACAGCAGGUGCCCAGCCAUGCCUGACCCCCCGAGGGAAAAUAGCUUUAAGACGCACAGAAGCAGAGGCCCUCCCAAGAAACGACGGCCAGAGAUCGAGUCGGAUUCGGACAAUGAGGCUGAAGCCGGACCUACUGCCAAAAAAGAGCGGCAAGGAGAAAAUGAAGCUGCUAAAGAAACUCAAGUCAAAGUUGAGGUAGUCCGUCCGUCGCUCACGUUACAGCAAUUUCAAGACUCAAAUCGAUGGAAAGAGUUUGCCAAGACAAAGAGGAUGCCCCCUUAUUUUGACCUGAUAGAAGAGAAUCUGUACUUAACUGAGCGAAAGAAGAGCAAAUCUCACCGUGAUAUCAAGAGGAUGCAGUGUGAGUGCCCAAUACUACCCAAACAAGACCGUUUACAGGGCAUGAUGGCGUGUGGGGAGGACUGUUUAAAUCGUCUGCUGAUGAUUGAAUGCUCCUCACGGUGCUUGAAUGGGCACUAUUGCUCAAACCGACGCUUUCAAAUGAAGCAACAUGCAGACUUCGAAGUCAUCCUCACCGAAGACAAGGGCUGGGGUCUACGUGCGGCUAAGGACUUGCCAUCAAACACAUUUGUGCUUGAAUACUGUGGGGAAGUGUUGGACCACAAAGAGUUCAAAGCAAGAGUGAAAGAAUAUGCACGCAACAAGAACAUACAUUACUACUUCAUGGCACUAAAGAAUAAUGAGAUCAUCGAUGCAACACUUAAGGGUAAUUGUUCUCGGUUUAUGAACCAUAGCUGCGAGCCCAAUUGUGAGACCCAAAAGUGGACGGUCAAUGGCCAGCUUAGAGUUGGGUUCUUCACCACCAAGGCUGUUAGUGCAGGAGCUGAGCUGACAUUUGAUUACCAGUUUCAGAGAUAUGGGAAAGAAGCCCAGAAGUGCUUUUGUGGAGCCCCCAGCUGCAGAGGCUUCCUGGGAGGGGAGAACAGAGUCAGUGUCCGAGCAGCUGGAGGGAAGAUGAAGAAAGACCGAACUCGAAAGAACGCUCUUACAACAGUUGAUGAGGAACUGGAAGCGUUGCUUGAGAAUGGCGAAGGGCUUUAUGACGGGAAACAAGUCGUGUCCUUGUGUAGACUUAUGGUUCGCGUGGAAACCAUGGAGCAGAAACUCACCUGUCUCAAGCUCAUACAUGACACACAGAAUCCGUCAUGUUUGAAGCAGUUCUUAGAUCAUCACGGCUUGUCCUUGCUUUGGAUCUUCAUGGUGGAGAUUUCUGAAGCCAAGGGCAAUUGUGCCAAUAACAUCAAACUACAAUCGGAAAUUAUGAAGACUCUGGCUGUGCUACCCAUCUCCACAAAGAACAUGCUGGAAGAGAGUAAAGUCCUGACCUUUAUUCAGCGAUGGGCUGAAACAAAAGCGCUCCCUCAGCCCGUUGAGAUGGAUGGUUAUUCCAGCGAGAACACGUCUCGUGCUCAAACGCCCCUCAACACUCCUGAUGCUUCCAACUCCAAAUUGGGAGCAGAAUCUGACAAGGACACUUCGAAACCUGCUGUUUACAGACGUCUUAAAAUCAUCAGCGAAAACAGUCUGGACAGCGCACUCUCCGAUGCCAGCAAAGCAUCUGAUGGCAAGGAGGAAGAAGAGGAAGAAGAUGAUGACGAAGAGGAAGAAGCUACUCAAAGUGCGCAGCCUGAUGACAAACAGAAGUUAGAUGUUAUCGAUGAAACUGCUAAUGAAGUGAAAGAAACAACAGAAGAGCAGGUGAAAGAUUUCAAAGUAGAGAAACAGGAAGAGAUAGAAAUGGCUUCAAAUGUUGAACAACAAAUUAAUCUUAAAGAGGAAAAAGACCAAGCGGAGUUGGGCGAGAAGCCGUGUGAGGUAAAAGUGGACAUGAGUGAUGAACCAAGUAAGGAACUUGAGGUAUCUACCAAACCAAGUGAAGAAGAGCUUACCAUUCAGGCACCAUCAGAAACAACAGAUAUGGAAAGUGACCAGCCUGAAGUUGAGAUUCAGAAACCGGAGGUUGGAUCAAUCCAAAUAGGUGUUCCUGAUGCUUCAGCUGAACAGCCGGUUACGGACAUGGUAGCCAAGACAGAAACACUGGAGACUGAUAAGCUGUCUGCUGGCCCUGAGACUCAACCAGAAGAACCUGCCAUCACUGUUGCUCCUCCAAGCUCUGACACAUCCGAGGUCAUUGUGCCCACUGAUGACACACCAGCACCUACGGAUCCUCCAGUGAUAGAAACACCUUCCCAGGAUGAAGAGGAAGGUGUUUCCGAUGUGGAGAGUGAGCGUAGCCAGGAGCCCCAGGUCAGUGCUUUGGACAUUAGCACUAUGGCCGCCAGGCUUUUGGCAAGCUGGAAGGAUCUCAAGGAGGUGUACAGAAUACCAAAGAAGACUCAAGUUGAGAAAGAAGCAAAUGAUCGAAGUCGAGAUCGUGACUCAAAUUUGACUCCACGCAACACCUCUGGUAGUCGAGAACGGGAAAGGGAACGUGAAAAGGAACGGGAAAGGGACAGAGACCAUGACCGAGAUUGGGACAGGGAGCGAGACAGAGAAAGGGAGAGAGAAAGAGAUCGUGACAGGGAGCGCGAUCGAGACAAAACUCCACGCAGCACCGAGAGACGGAGGCGAAGGUCCACAUCCCCACCCUCUUCCUAUGAGCGGAGCAGCCGACGCACUGAGGAGCGGUUUGACCCAUCAAAGACACCGAGGGGAGUUGGCAGCAAGGAGCGCAACAAGCUGUCUACAGAGGAGCGCAGGAAGCUGUUUGAACAGGAGGUCGCUCAACGAGAAGCCCAGAAACAGCAGCAGCAGCUUCAGGAGCAGCAGCAGCAGCAACUCCAAACUAUGGCCUACGACCCCGCGUUGGCCUAUGCCUCCACUUCUGGCUUCAUCACCUACCCACCCGGAUACCCCCUGCAGACAUUUGUGGAUCCCACCAACCCCAAUGCAGGCAAAGUACUACUACCCACGCCGACAGCUGACCCCACCUUGACCUAUGAACAGACUACUUCCCAAAGACUUGUCUCAGAUCUUGGGCUUCCAUCGCCAUCAUCAACUUCACAACCCGCUCCUGUUUCUAAUAUCUCUCAGCACAUCACCUCCGCCAACCUCACCCCUGCUGACGACCCGCAAUACGCCCAGCCUGCCGUCGCAGCCCAGGACUCGAGCGUGUCUGUCCUCUCCGUGCCUGCCCAGGCGGUGCCUCAGGUCCAGGGCCAGCAGAGCUACACCACUCUAUGGGACCCCGCCACCCAGCAGGCAGUGACCGUGCAGACGCAGCCGACGCAGCAGUACACCGCGGCCCCGGCGCAGGGUCCCACGCAAACGGCCAUCUACUACCAAGGGCAGCCGUGCCAAACUAUCUAUAGCAUCCCUACUGCAUACCCUCAGACCAACACUCCAGUCAUUCAGGCAUACUCUGACCCUGCAGCCAGCUACCUACAUGGGCAAACAGUGUAUCCUGGACAUCAGCAGAAUGUGGUGGUGCAGCAGGGAGGCACAGUCACCACCAUCGUUACUUCACAAACUGUCCAGCAGGAAAUGAUCGUACCCAACAAUGUGAUAGAUCUGCCCCCUCCUUCUCCCCCAAAACCCAAAACUAUCAUUCUACCUCCGAACUGGAAAGUGGCCCGGGACCCUGAAGGAAAAAUCUACUAUUAUCAUAUUACAACAAGGCAAACUCAGUGGGAUCCUCCUACCUGGGACGGAAGUAGUGAUACCAAUCUGGACCACGACUCUGAGAUGGACCUCGGUACUCCCACUUAUGACGAGAACCCUUCCAAGUUCUCAACCAAAACAGCUGAAGCAGACACUUCCAGUGAAUUGGCAAAAAAGAGUAAAGAGACAUUCCGCAAAGAGAUGUCCCAGUUCAUUGUGCAAUGUUUAAAUCCUUAUCGGAAACCAGACUGCAAACUCGGCCGCAUCAGCAACACGGAGGACUUCAAACACCUAGCAAGAAAGCUAACCCACGGCGUCAUGAACAAGGAACUGAAGGCGUGCACCAACCCAGAGGACCUGGACUGCAACGAGAACGUCAAGCACAAGACCAAGGAGUACAUCAAGAAGUACAUGCAGCGCUUCGGCGCCGUGUACAAACCCAAGGAGGACACCGACGUCUACUGAUAGCACACGUCUGCCUUUCGCCUCCCGUGUCCCCCCCCCACAUCGCUUUAUUUAUCAUUCUCCUAUUCACCCCGAGGGAGGUCUCAGAGUCAGACGGGGGUUACCACAGACUGAUUGAGUUUUACUUAGUUAUGGGGUUUUAAACGGCUACAAAUGAAGAAACAGCCAACUUUGCUCCUUUUGACUCUUUCCACGGUUGAAAAUGGAUCAAUGAACGGCCUGCUUCAUUUUCUGGUGCUGCUUUUAACUGUGCAGGUCCAAGCUUCCACUCGUCGAAACGCCUCCCGGACUUUCGAGAGUCGCUUUCCCAACUUUUUCCCGCUGCAGCACCACAACGUGUGCUGCUCAUCCAUAUUUGAUGUGCCACGCACUCUCCUCACCUCCUCUUCUAACUGGACCCCAGGCAGAAGAGUGUAGCAUUGCAGUUUUAACUUAUCCACGUCAUUUUUUAAUUCAAUCUAAUGUUUGCAUAAUGAGCUCAGCCUUUUUAUUCCUUGGUGUCAUAAACCAUGGCAGCCUAUUGCAUUAAUUGUUGAUAAAUUAAAUAGUUUUGGGAAUGUUUAAAUUAACAAGACACUUUGUAAAAUGACUAUAAUUUCAUGGUUCUAAAGUGUAAAUAUGUUAUAUUGGUACCAAAUGUGUAUGCAGGAGCCACAAGUGACCAGCUCGACUCUCUUCAAGAUUUCUCACCCUUGCCGGCUCCAUGUCAGCACAGGGUAGACAAAUUCUUUUUUUUUUCUUUUGUUUUUAAAUGUAAAAAGUAAUUUUCACCCUACUCGACUGUAAGUAUUGUCUAAGCACAUUGUCAUACCGAGUGUACAAACGUUUUAAAGAUAAUAAACUGUUUUUUUUUUUUUGUAGACCUGCGGGACUUACAGCGAACUUGAGUGAAGUUUACUCGGGUGUCAGACCGAAACUUCUAUUUUAUCUUCCUGAGCUUUUCAUAUAAAAGCCAGCAAAGAGGGAUAUCAUUACAACUGCACUUGCACAGAAGUUGCAGUAAAGUAAUUGAAUAAUUCUUUGUAUAACAGCAUGAUAUAUUUGGAAUUUCUUAAAUUUCUGAACAAUUUGCAUCCUCUUUGGCUCUUUAAGAGCCAAUGACAAUGAUGUAGCUCUUUUCAUCCUACUGUGAAUUACUGUCAAUAAUAGCCAAUGAGUUAAUAAUUUGAAUUUAAUUUGAAUACAUGCCCGCUUUGUAGUUCUGAGAUUGUUGGUUCAAUCCCAGGCCUGAUCUCCUUGUGUGGAGUUUUCAUGGUCUCCCCGUGCUUCCCUGGGUUUAAACCACUCCAGUUUCCUCCCACAUUCCAAAAACAUGUAUUGUAGGCUGAUUGAAUACUCCGAAUUGUCGGUAGUUGCGAACGUGUGAGUGAAUGGUUGGUUGUCUGUGUGUCCUGAGACUGGCUGGCAACCAGUUCGGAGUAUACAUGGCCUCCUACCCAAUGUUAGCUGGGAUAGGAUCCAGCACCCUUGCAACCCUCAUGAGGAUUAGCAUUUCAGAAGAAGAAGAAUGAAUGAAUAUUUAGCAUAAAUGCCCUCCCCAAUUGUAAGAUGGCCUUUUCCUGAGAUAGCAAAGCAUGCCUAUACCAAUAUGCCAUAGGGCUGCAGCUAUAGAUUAUUAAGUAAUCAAUGUAUCAAUUACUUAGUUUGAGUAAUCGGAUUAGGGACAUUGAAUGAGGCUUGCUAAGAUUUAAAUUUCAAAACAAAUUCUCAAUUUUAAAAAAACUAGAAUUGCACUUCCAUUUCACAAGAGCAAUAAAUGCUUUAAAAAUAAACUUCCCGAGUUUAGACUAAAACUGUAUGAAAAUUAAUAAAUGAGGAUUGAAGUGCAACAAAAGAGCUACAGUAUUGGUUCGCUUGCUUAGCAAAGGUCCACUUAAAUGCUUUAAAAUGCAGUUGUUGUUGUUUUUUUUCUUUCUAACAAUGAUCUUAAUACAUAAUCCCACACAAACUGCGGAAUAUAUGUCGAAACUAAAUUAGACAUGCAUAAACAAUCAUAUUAGCUCAGACAAAAACUUAAAACCAUAUGCUGGUCUUAACAGGGAGCAGCUGGAUCCAACUAUGUUAGAUGAGUUAUGUCAUAUUCACUGUUACCAUUAGAGGGCAGUGUGUCCACCCAAAUCAAUCAAACUAAAUGCUACCACUUUCAAAACCAUUACGACAGCACUAUAAACAAAUUUUCGAAGCAUCAACAUUUGAUUUGGUCUUUUUUCCUAAUCGAAUUACUCGAGUUAAUCGAUUAAUUGUUGCAAACCUAAGAUGCUCUGUCCACCAUGCUUCAUGAUUGGGGAUAAUACUUGGUGUGUUGUGCCAUUUUUCCUCCACACACGGUGUUGUGUAUUGAGCAAUUCAAAUUAGUUUUUAAUCCGUCAACGCUGCAGAUUUAAGUAGUAGUUCUGUGGAACAUAAAUCCUAUUUAGUAAUCUAAAAAGUGGCUAAACAUGUCUUUUUUUAAGACUGAAUUGGCUUCUUCUUGGUGUUCUCCCAUAAACACUCUAGGUCAAGUGGCCCGGUUUCUAUUGGCUCAGAGUAAAUUAUGAAAAUAUUAUUAAAUAUGACCCUCACAAAAAGUUUGAGUUCAGACUACAUUCUGUUGCACCUCACAGCUUCAACACUAGAUGGCACUAGUCACUUAAACUGCCUCUCCAUUUGCUCGGGUUAAAACCUGACAAUUUAUUGAAAUGGAGGAAACUAGAAUUUCAGUUGAAUGAAACUAUGAAUUUUCAUGUGACAUAAGGUUAUAUUUUAAAAACUAAUGAAAAAUGCAUACAUUUUGGCCAAUUUCCUUCAAAAGCUGCUGUGGUUGUAAAUAUUUACAAAAUGUGUGGCUAACACAAACAUGCAAAAACAGAAAACAAAAGUUGAGAACUAUGUUUAAAAUACAUAGAGUAGAAGAAAUAAAGUACAGUUAAGAGGCAUUUUUAGUAAAAAAAAUAAAAUAAAAGAAAUUAGCCUUGGCGACAAAAAAUAUGGUCCAUUACGAUGGUUCAAGUUUGUUGUUCUUUAAAGUAUGGCCAUUCCUUGAAAGAGAAGCAAGGCAGCUGAACUGUAUUUAUAGACAAUUUGUCCAACCGUGAAUGGAUUGAUAAACCUCAAUACUUUUAACGAUACUCGUGUAACAUGUUCCAGCUUUUGCUAGUUUACACAUAAAGUCCUGACCUCAACCCAAAUGAAAUCCUGUGGCAUAACCUCAAAAGAGCUAUUCACAGCAGGCAUCCCAGGAAUUUUGCUGAACUGCAACAUUUUUGUAAAGAGGAAAGGUUCAAAACUCAUUCAGCUUGUUGAGAAUGUGUUAUCUGCGACUAAAGGAAAUGUUUGGUUGAGGUCAUUGCCACCUAAGGAGGGUCAACCAGUUAUGAAAUCAUAGAGUUCACUUAAUUUUUCCUCUGUCCCGUGAAGUGGUGUAAAAUAGUUCGAGACUCAUGAUAAGGUAAAUGCUUAGUAGUAGAAUUGUUUAGCAAGCCCGCUCUUGUCUAGAUACACCUGAAAUCAGAUACACAACAUUAUUACCAGCAAUUCAAAUAUCUGAUAACUGACUGCAAAAAUUGGUUUCAACACCUAAGGGCUAAUUAGUCGCUGUAUCGACAAAAUAAUUCCUAGUCGACUUUUUAUGUCCCUGCUCAAUUAAUGCUAAAGUGAAACAUUUCAAUUCAGUGUCGAAGGCCUGCAAUUGGAUAUUCUAGUACAUUUCUGUGUCAGCACUGUUAACCCUUUCAGGGACGGUGGUCACUACAGUUGUCAUUUGUUCAAAAGUUAUCUUUAGCUUAACUCAUUCACUGCAAGCUCAAUGUAACAGAGCAUGUGUUAUGGCAGUAAAAAAGGGGAAUUCAUGUUGAAAACGCCAAUGGACGGCAAUAGACGUCCACUCCAUUUCAACUGGGAGGGGCUGGAAGCGAUAAUUUAUGAAACAAGACAAAUAAAAUAAAAUUUCCCAGAGCAAAAAACACACAUCCACAUUUAUUUGAUUUCAUGUCUUUUUUCCCAAUUUAU